AUGGAGGAUACAUCAUUUGAGAAAGGGGAGAAUUUGGAAAUGUACAAAGAUGCAUUCGCGCCCCAGCCUACGGGGAAAAUAAUGAAAGCCUGGGAACGAGCACCAGUCACCUCACACGCCCCGCGCUUACACGGACAAAAAAUCUGGAAAAAGAGAGGUGGACUGCGUGCUGUGGAGGAAAAUAAGGAGAAUUACAAUGAUGCAUUUAUGGAGUUGGAGAAAGAAGGCGCGGGUGCGAGAAAGAAGGCGAGAGUUUUGGGGAUUAAAGAGGAUAUUUCUCGAGCAAAGUGGCUUGAUGGGAAAGAUGAGAGAGACGCGUGGGAUGAAGAUCUGUUGAUGGGUAUGGGGAGUCCGAGGAAAAAUAUGCCGGGAAGUCCGGAUAAAUUACAAGUGGUGCCCAGGAAGAGGACGAAUGCGAAUUUGGUUAUUACGCCGAGGAAACCGUUGCGGCAGAUGUUGCUUGGUGGGGAGGGAAGCAUGAACAUGGUUAUGCCACUUCCGCCGGUGGAGGGGAAGGAGGCGAGUGGCAGUCCAGUGAGGAACAGAAAGCACCCGAGGAAGAGUAUGAGAAGGUCGGCCAUGCCAGUGGACGAUGCGCAGAUGGUUGAUGAGGGAAAGCAUCAUGUGCGACGCGCUUCUUGGGAGUUCGAUUUUGAAAUGGCUGCCGGCGAGAAGAAAAUGGAACCAAAGCAAGGAUUCGAACUGUCGCCUAAGAAAACGCCCAAGAGACAAAGCCUUCGAAGAUCAAUGCGUGGAAGAGUUUCAGAAUUAGUUCAGGUUUCUGAGCAGAUUUCGGCUGACGUUAGUGAGGACCAAAGCUUACAUACUGGACUUGGACUUGAUUCCGUUCCUCUUCAAGUCGAAACCAAGGAAGAUCGUGCAGGCGUAAUGGGGCUGGAUCACAAACAGAAUAUACCUUUAGAGUGCGACCAGUCUCUAACCACAGAACCUCUCUCACGAGCAGCAUCGGCCAGAAAGCAAGAUGAAACAACCAGCCUUCAAGCUGAGCCCCUAGGUGCAGUAACGGAGAGCGCGCAAAUCCAACCUGAGAAUCUUCCUACCGAAAAGCCUACCAAAAGCGCCAAGCAGAUGAUGACAAGCUCACGUCGAAGCUCACGUCGAAGCUCACGUCGAAGCUCACGUCAAAGUGAUCGACUGCGUCUUGAGUCGAUCGUUGAGACCUCUUUGAAUACGAAGAAUACAGAGGCAAUUACAUUAAACGCUUUUACUGCGGACAUUCGAGAUCCCGCGUCCGAGGCGACAUACCAAUUUACUGGCGAUUUUUCGAAUUAUACAAUUACUUCUACAUCAGCCCUGGAGCUCCAAGAAGAGGUAUUUGAUGCUAGGAAUGAAGUGAUGGGUGCACGCCGAGGAGGGUCGAGUGUUGUCGAAGUUCCGACUCCUUUCGAAGCAGUAAAUCAGAUUGUUGAAGAACUGCUUGAGCAACCAGUCUCAACCAACGUCAGUUCAGAUAGUGUUGAGCCCCUGGAUUUGAUGCUGCAUGCACACACUGAGAAUUCUUUGGUCAAUUUGCCGGCCAACAUCCAUGGACCAGAAGUUUUUGGUGAUCUUGAAGACGUUCAGCUGGCUGAGGAAAGCCCAACCGAUCACGUGGCUCCAUUGGAAGAUUCUGGUGACGAAGAUAUGGACGAUUCUAUGUCGGAGAUUUCGGGAAUCUUGCUCGAAUCCACUAUCAAUGUCGCCAAUCUUGGACUUUUGGGUUCAGAUGAAUCGUUUGUUAAUGAUAAAAACGAAAUUGAGAAUGCCGUGGAAUCUAACCCUAUCGAGGAUCCCGAAUCAUUUGAUUUGAUGCCAAUCAAUAGCCUGCACGCUAACAAUCCGCUUACCAAUCCCGAAUCCGACGUCACGCUCGCUGAACCAUCAGCAGCAUUUGCGGUAAGCUCUGAAGUCGACGUUUUCUCGUCGAGUACAAAUUCUUUUGAGAACGAUGAUACGGAUAUGCUUCGCCAAUUUCUCACCCGAGUCCAGGCAGAUAAAGCUGCAAAAGCCGCAGCUCCCGCUCUCAAAAAGAGAAAGUCACUACCCCAUUCACCUCUUCGAAUUCCACUUGGAGAUAUCAUGAAUGCAGAAGCAUCAUCACCAAUACAAGCGCCAAAGGAUGAGUUUGACUUAAGCGUCCCAGCUACAUUAUCACCUACGCGUAAGAGCCGGGUGGCAACUCCAUCGACGAACGAAGUAGAAUCAGAUUUUAAAUCCAUCAGACGUAGUGGGAGAACCCGCCCACCAGUCCCUAAGAUUCCACUUCCAGCACCUAGCUCUAUUCCAGUUCGAAGACUCGGUGGCCAGGAUGGCGAUACGACUGUAACUCUCAAGCAAAGCGUCGAAAAGGAAAUGGCCGCUCUAACUCGUGUAAAUACGAGAAAGAAUAAAGCAGGGGCAGUUCUUCCAGAAAUGCUAUUAGCUAGGAAAGCCGAUGGAAAAGAAAAUCCAGCAAAGAGGCAAAAGGAGUUAAAGGAGAUGUUUGACGAGAAAAUCAGGAGAGAGAAAAAGGCUAAAAGCAAAUCGAAGAAGACGGUGGUAUGGGCGGAGGAGAUUGCGCAGUAUCAAACAUUGGAGAAGAAAGAGAAGAAGACGAUGGAGAGUAGGAGGGUCAACAUGAGUGGUGAGAGAAUUGUGGAUGAAAGCAAGAUUGGAGAAAAGGAAAAAGGAGAAGCUACGGAGAAAAAGGGGAGAGUUAAGAUUCCUACCGGUUCAAGUUCGAGGAAGAGCAAGAUUGCGGUGGGGAUUCCUACCGCAAUUGGGACGCCGGCUAGAAAGAAGAGGGUGGUGAAAUCAUAG